AUGGCGUCCGUGCCGCUAGCAAUUUUUCUGGUGUUUCUUGGAUGUGGGGCGAAUGUCUUCUUCCUCGAGCAUCUCAUCAAAAUUGACUCGACAAGUGGACACUUGAUAACUUGUGGCCAGUUUUUGUUGAUCUCGUGCAAGCAGCUACUCCAGUUCGACUGGAGCAAUGGGAUCAAGAUUCCCUUCCACCGCCAUUUCCUGAUCGUCGCCCUCUUCGUCUCGAUCUCCGUCAUCAACAACUGGGCUUUUUCGUUCGCGAUUCCACUCACGUUACACAUCGUCUUCCGUGCCGGCUCACUCGUCACCAACUGUCUACUUUCCAGACUUCUUCUCAAUAAACGAUUCUCAACGCAUAAAUAUUUGUCUGUAUUUAUUAUUACUGCUGGAAUAAUUAUUUGUACUCUUCAAACCGCCUCGACAAAGCCUCCCUCAACAUCUUCCUCCGACGACUCGCCUCAAUUAUCCUUCGGCUUGUUUGUACUCAGCAUUGCUCUUAUCCUGUCUUCACUUAUUGGAAUCGUACAGGAGAAAACAAGGGACGAGUAUGGGAAGCACCCGCUCGAAUGUCUCUUUCUUCACCACUUCUUAUCGUUGCCUAUGUUUUCGUUUUUAAUCGAGCCGAUCAAAUCUUCGGCCGCUGUUUUUUCCGCUUCAACAGCGAUGGAAAUCUUUGGCUUCUCCAUCCCCUCGGCCUGGCUCUUCUUUGUCGGCAACUUAGCCACACAGUACAUUUGUAUUCGCUCAAUCUUCGUCUUGACCUCUGAGUGUACCAGCUUAACUGUUACGCUUGUUAUUACGCUCCGCAAGUUCUUUUCCCUCGUCAUUUCUGUAAUUUACUUCAAAUCAGCCUGGACCUACUGGAAUUGGAUAGGCACAGUUUUAGUUUUCGGCGGCACGCUGAUGUACGCUGAAGUGUUCAGCAGCUCCAAGAAAAAGAAAAGACCAGCUAAAAGUCACAAAAAGCCCCUGUAG